AUGAUGGGAGCACCGUCCAGCAUGGGUCCCCCCGCCGUUACACCACGCAAGGCACCCACAACACCAUCCCACAACAACGCCUUCGCUUUUGGCGUCACACCGCACAAGACUCCCUUGCGUACACCUGGCGGUUCCAAGAUCGAGCAGACCUCCUCGACACCCAUCAUCGACUUCAACGCCAUCGAGUCACAGAAGGAAAACGUCCAACCACUCGCCAAGGGCAGGUCAGCGCAUGCACUGUCCAACACCCUCAACAUGCAGCACAAGCAGCGACAUGCCUUGCUCGCCCAGCAACGCGCCGAACACGAGCAGAUCGUCACGUCAGAAGACAACGCCGACUCGGACGAUCCAUUGGAAGCGUGGACAAAGUACGUCAAGUGGUGCAUCGACAACUUUCCUUCCGGUCAGACCCACGAGUCGGGUCUCAUCCCGCUUCUUGAGCGUGCAACGCGCCACUUCAAAGAUUCGGAACAGUACACCAACGAUCCAAGAUAUCUUCGGCUAUGGAUUCUCUACGCGAGAAACGUCGAGUGCGCUCGCGAUGUCUAUAACUUCUUGCUUGCCAACGAGAUCGGCACCAAGCUCGCCAGUCUCUACGAGGAGCUCGCUGUCGUUCUUAAGGGUCAAAGAAUGUACGAUGAGGCGGAUGCCAUGUAUAAGCUCGGCAUCGCACGCAGAGCCAACCCCAUCGACCGGAUCAAGCGCAGAUACGAAGAGUACAAGACCCGCAUCAUUCUCGGUCAGACCGAGUCUGCUGGCUCGUCCAGCGCUGGUAUCGUCACCAACUACGCUGACGCCCUCAAGGCUGCCAUGGUCACAGUAGGCCGAAGCAUGCUCGGCGAGAAGGAUGCCUCUGUAGGGCCAGCACGCAGUCACUCGGCCAACGUGCUGCGUGGGGCAGGAGCAAGCGUCGGUGCCAUUGGACUCAGCACGCAAACACCAUCCAACAAUGGCCGCAAGUUGAACGUCUUCCACGACGUCGACGAUGACCGAUCAUCGCGGUCCAAGGCUCAGGGCGCCAGCACCAAAGGAUGGGAGGACAUCGGCACCGUAGCCUCGCGCAACCAAGAGAAUGUCCAGGCCGACCGCUUGGCAGGCGUGAAGAGCUUCAAGAUCGGUGCCCAGGGCGGUGUCUCCAAGAAGCCCGGAUCUGGCCUCGCCGUCUUUAGAGACUCCGACGACGACGACGACGAGGACACGGACGACACAGCGUCGACAAUCAAGCCGGCAGGUGUCUUAAGCCCCAAGGAUCACGCGAGCAAGUUGGCAGGUGGGCUCGGUCGUAAGGCUCAAUCCAGCGAGACUGAUCUGCUGCGAAGCAACCCGUUCGCGUAUUGGGGAAAGGACGCCAAGCUCGUCCCUGAUCCGGCUAGUCUGCGUGCCGACUCUCAGUCAUCUCGCAAAGUCUCGAGCUCGAGCACCGGCUCCAACGGCGAGAGGCAUCGCACCAAAACCACUUUUUCCCGCUCCACGCAGCCCAGCAACGGCUCAGCCGCGGUCGCUGCCGCAUCAACGGGAGGCAAGCGCGAGAAGCAGGCCGCUCCCCUCGCCCAGAUGCUACCUCGAUUUCGAUCCAGCUCGCAAAAGGCCUUUUACAAGCAACGAGGCUGGCAGUGCGAGCUGACGCUGGAGGAGCUGACGGCUCGCAAGCGAGGCUUCGGUCCAGUUAUUGAAGGCUGGGAGGACGCAGCCGAGGCGAAGCAGAUCGUCUCAGAUCCCUGGACGUACCUCGACCAGCUCGUCGGUCGCUGGCUGCCCGAGGAUGCGCCAGCAAAGAACCCAUUCGAAGCCACCCAGACGAUCGACGCGACCACCGGCAUCUUCCCCUCACGCGACGAAUUUGAUCCCGACGACUCGGUCGCCAACGCCGUCGCGCUCAACCUCCGUCCCGGCCUCAAGAAGAAGAAGAAGCGCGAGGGCGAGACCACAAGCAAGGUCCGAAUGAGCCCGACUCUCGUCACCAAGGCGGCGGUGCUCGAGGUGGAAAACAUGUUCAACGGCGACACCGAUUCGGACGAGGAGAGCAGCGAGGACGACGACGACGAGGACGAGGACGAGGACGACGACUUUGUCGCACCACUUGCCAGUGUUUCCAGGCACGGGCACAUGGGUAUCUCCAUCGGCUCGUCUGCAGACGUCCCACCUACCCCGACGCCGCUGUCCCGCUCCAACCACCUUGCCAAGUUUGCCGUACAGAACGACGAGAACGCCGGCGUUUCAGCAACUCCCCUACGAACGCCAGCCGGACAAGCACCGAGACUCGGACUGGGUGGCGCUACGCCGAUGCGCACUCCCCUCGCAGCCAAGUCAGCUCCCGUCACACUCGGCUCAAAGCCCGUCUUCUGCGAGGAGGAUGAGGACGAGGAGGCCGAAGAGCAGCUUCCGGCUCCAACCCAGGUUGAGCAGGCUGGUGAGAUUUCCGUCCCCGCUUCGCCCGAGCGUCCGAUGACUUCGGCAGCUGAGGAGGCUGUCGCAAACCCACCUGUGCCCGCCACUCCAAUGCCAACCAACCGCCAAUCCGCAAGUCGACGCUGGAUCGAGCCCAUGACCGAGGAAGAGGAAGAGGAGGAAGAGGAAGAGGACGUCGACGAAAACGGCAACCCUAUCGACACCUACGAGGGCAACGAGCACCUCUUCCGACCGCAAUUCCAGCCGCUCACGCCGAUCACAGAGGCAACAUACGAGUUCACGCGCUACACCAACGGUCGCACGCCCGGCACUGCAACGCGCUCGCACCUCGGGCCCGUGCUCAAGUCCCUCCAUCCCACUGACGAGGACGAUGAUGAGGACGAAGAAGUUGACGAGCCUGGCACAAUCCUCACCGCUGGCCCGAUCGCCGUCCCAGCCGCACGACAAGACAUCGAGAACUCAGACGAGCGCAGUUUCGCCUCGACCUCCGGCGAGUCCGCCGAGCGCUCCGCAUGGACCGCAGACAACAAGGCGUCAUUCGAACUCACCAAGGGUCUCACAAUCCGCUGUGCUGCUCCUGAAGGCGACGCCUCGCUGAAUGAGCGGUUCGAGGACUCUCUCGUCAUCGAAGACACCCAGGCGCCCAACCCGUGCAGCCCCACCAACCCCUCGGUGCUCAAUGCGAUCCUCUCCCGACUGGAUGUGCCGCUCGAGUCGCUGCCCGGCUUCGUCUCCCUCUCCUCGUCCUCCGGGAGCCUGCUCGCCGAGCUGCAAAAGAAAUGCAAAUCCAGCCUGGCGAGCAACCAGAUGACGCGCAAGAGCAUGGGCGGCACCGUGUUUCAGGGUACAGGCGUGCUUUCCUCUCCCUUCACGGUCACCAUCGGUGGAGAGAGAUUUGAGAUUCGGGGCAAGCUCGGCGAGGGUGGGUACGGCGCGGUGUUCCUCGGUUACGACCUUGAUUCUGUUGCUACGCCUGCCAAGGAGAGCGACGAGGACGAUGAGGACGACGAGGAUGAGGACGAGGAUCGUCGACGACAAGUGGCGAUCAAGGUCGAGACUCCAGCCAACAGGUGGGAGUUCCACAUCCUCUCGCAACUCCAGUCGCGCCUCCCCUGCGCAGUCCUCCCAUCGAUCAUCGCCGCGCGCAAGCUCUAUCACUACAGCGACACGUCGUUCCUGCUGCUCGACCUGGGCGAGAAGGGCACGCUGUUGGACGUGGUCAACCACUCUCUGACCGCUGGAGUUGCCGCUCCCUCCGCCGAGACAUCCGGUGUUGCUGGGCUCGAGGAGGUGUUGGCCAUGUUCUUCGUCACAGAGCUCCUUCGCGUCAUCCUGGCCAUGCAUCGCGCGGGUCUCAUCCAUGGCGAUUUGAAGAUCGACAACUGCCUCCUCCGCCUCUCGGACGUGACCCCGUCUUCGGCAUGGUCCAACGUCUACACGCGCACAGGCGACGCAGGGUGGAGCGCAAAAGGUAUGACGCUCAUCGAUUUCGGUCGGGCCAUCGACACCACUUGCUUCCCUACCGACCAGACGUUUGUCGCCGACUGGGAGACGGACGCUAAGGACUGCUUCGAGAUGCGUGCAGGGCAGAGCUUUACCUACGAGACGGACUGGUUCGGCGUCGCUGCCGUCGCACACUGCUUGCUGUUCGGUCGGUACAUGGAGACAAAGGUGGAUGGAGAUGGGAAGCAUAGGGUCACGGCGGGCAUGAAGAGGUACUGGCAGUCGGAGCUGUGGUUGGAGCUGUUCGAUGUGUGUUUGAACCCCAAACACGGGUCGGAGACUCUGGACAAGGAGGCGGUGCUGGCGAGGCUGGAAGGCUGUCUGGAUGGCAUGCAGGGGUGGUUGGAGGUCAACUCGAACAAGGGCGGCAAGAAUCUCAAGGGUCUGUUGCGCAAGCUGGAGAUCUGGGCCAUGAAGCAGGGCCAUUAG